AAAAAAUAUUCCAAAAUUAAUUUCGUUCAUUGCCACGGGCUCACGGCUGAGGCUGAGUGCCAUGUCCGGAGGAUUAAAAGCUCGGGUCACUGUUACUCUGCGUUGCGUCCGAAUUUCGGUGACCUAGCUGGUAAUGGAGGUCAACGCGUGUGAAAGCAUCGAAGAGUUACGGCCUAGCGGCGAUCCACCACCAAACCCCGACCCUAACCCUAAUCCAGAGCCCCGACGACGAAUUGUGAGGACGAAAGUCCCGGAGGUGGAAAUCCACCUCUUCAACCGCGGCAAAGGUCCGAUCGCCACUUUCAGUACGAGCCUCGGCGGAUGGGAUCAGGACCGCCUCGAUGUUCAGGACAUCCUCGAAAAGUACGGCUUCCAAACCCUGUACUCUUUCAAUUCCUCUGGCCGUGGUGUUCCAAUCCGGUUCAACCGUAAAAACGGCCGAUCCAUUCUCUCAUACACCGACGGGUCCCUAGUUCUCGUCGACGGCGAGCCCAAGGAUCCGCUGGUGAAACCUAUAACGAAGUUCCUGGUUGGGGUCGUGUUAAUUAGUAUUGUAAUCUCAGUCUUGAUGAAGGAUCCUCCGGAUUGGUUGAAGAAUUUGAAGUUAUCUAUGGGGGUGUUUCCUGCAUGGGUACUUGCUUGCGCUGUUGUGGUUUUGGUUCGCUUUAUGAAGAGAACCAAGGGAUUGUUGAAGUUCGUGUCGUGAGAAUUUAAUGAGGUAUGGAAUUUCGAGAACCUUUUGAUUGGUUUCUGGCCAAAUAGUUUUUUGUGGUUUUAUUUCCUUUGAUUUUACAACCUUUCAUUUCCAUGUAUGGAUUUAAGAAAAUGCGAUGGGCAUUUGAAUUUCACUUAAUGAAAUGAGAACAACGUGAUUGAAUGUUUAUUAAAGUGGUUGAUUAGUGGAAACGAUUGAAUGUGGACUUGUUGCUUAUGCUUUACAAUUGUAGCUUUAUGAAGCACUAUGAAAUGGAAUAAAUUGUGGAAGAUAAUUGUUGAAAAUUGCUA